UGAUAGUGUCUUCAUAAUUUCACUCGGUACAUUUUCGGUGGAGCCUGAAACCAAAGGAGAAAACAAAAGAAUGAAGUAUCUGUGGUUAAUCGCUCUUCUUGGAACGAUACAUGCUUCUGUUGGAAAACCAACGGGUAACAAUGCGAAUUGUGGAAAACUACCAGACUUGACGACAUCGAAACGCAUCGUGGGGGGUAAUGAGAGUCAGCAAGGACUAUGGCCAUGGCAAGCGGCAGUGUUGUUUAAUAAUAAACCGUUUUGCGGAGGUGUAAUUAUUAACGAACACUGGAUCGCCACUGGUGCCCGUUGCCUAAAAAAAAAAGGUCCUUUCAGAUUUAGUAGAGGAGUCUCCUCUACUAACUCUGGUCCUUCUAUGGAUCCUAAGCUACUCACCGUAGCACUUGGAGAACACAAACUUGGAGUGAAAGAAUCGUUCGAGCAAAUCAAGAACGUUCAACAAAUCAUCUCUCAUCCUCACUUCAAUUUCAGCUUCGAUAAAAACAAGCUCCUUUUUGUUGAUAAUGAUGUGGCUCUUCUAAAACUCUCCACACCAGCUACCUUUGACACCUUUGUCAAGCCAAUUAUCAUGACUUAACGACUAAGAGGGUUCCAAAGGUUAAUUAGCAUUUCUAAUAACAUUUUGUAGCAAUUAGUAUGGUCGGGAAAUAAAGCUGAUUAAAGACCAA